AUGGAUAUGCAUCAAGAGAUCGGUCAAAAUCCUCCUGGAUUUGAUGGUGAAUCAGUUGAGAUCAGUACUAAUCAAGAGACUGAAGCAGUUGAAGAGAAAGACAAUUUUUGGGAAAAUGGAUUCAAUAGGGAGGAAAAUGGAAACAGAAGUUCCUUCACUCCAGGGGAAACAGAUCUCAAUCAACUCCCAGCGAUUCCGCCGGUUUCUAGUGGUCAAGGUUUGCCAUUUGCGCCUGUCGAUUUUCCGAGCCCCGGUGAUGUUUGGUCUUGGAGAGUUGGGAGGAGAGUUGGUAAUACCGGUUUUCAUAAAGAUAGGUUUUUGAUUCUCCCUGAAAGACUUAAGAUGAAGAAUGCAACCAAAUCUUUUGCGAGCAAGCACACUCUUUCUCGAUAUCUCGAAACUAAUUUCCCUGAUAUGGAUGUUAAUGCAUUCUUUGCAUCUUUUAGCUGGAAUAUCCCGGCUUUGUUUCAGCCCGCAGAUAGAGAGACAUCCAAAGAAGGACAGAAUCAAGAUGAGAAUGCUGAGGAUGGGAAGAAAGAAGGAACAACUUCGCGUUACAGCCAGAGGAAGAGAAAACCGAUUCAGACACAGACUUAUGAACCUGUUGAACAAAAACCUAAAGCAACUCCGCGAGCUAGUAACAGGAAAAAGAAAGAUAAAGAAGUCGUAACAACUCCAGCCACUAGUCAGAAGUCAUCUCGUCAAUCCUCCUUGAGACGCUCCACGAGACAGCCACAAGGUGGUGUGAUUGACUUGGACGAAGAAGAGAACGAACCAGCUGCAACGAAAACCGGCAAGAGAAUGAAGAAACGAAGAGGUAACUUUGCAAAUGAAGAAGAAGAUGUCUCGAUUCCUCAUAUCUAUGUUUCUCCUAUGAACGGUGUCCUUGCGGUCUCCCACUCUCCUGUGGAAAUUAACGCGGAAGAGUUUGACAGUUAUCUGAACUCUCUAGAGAACCUUCUUCAGCAGCAGCCUUCAGAAGCGGUACAUGAGUCUUCAUCUCUUCCCGUUAAUACGAGCUCUCCAAUGAGAGAAUACGAAUGGGCAGAAGCUCGGAUGAAGCUUUCAUCGCUUCUGGAUAAAGAUUUCUCUUCAUUGUUCAUGUCCAAUGAAGCUGCGGAGAUAGCAAGCUUGGCUGCAAAACUGAGGAAAGAUCCAAGCAUUUCAGCUGAGGAAAUAGUGAGGUUGAAGCUUAUCGAAGAGAUUCCAACAUUCAGCGAAGUAUUUCAGGAGAACAAAGGCGUGAUAGAUGAAGCAGAUAGGUUCUUCUCUGCUCUCGAGCUUAACAAAGCCAAAGUCGCAUCUCUCAAGUACGAAUACAGCGACUUAAAGGACAAGCUAGGCAAUAUCCAGACGGAAGUCGAUACAAACUCUGAGACAAUCCGUCAAAUUGACGAGCAAAUCGCUCAGCUUCAAGCUAGACGGACUGAGCUGACCCGUUAUAUCGGGAACAAGAAGAAAGAGAAGGUUGAUCUGAGCUAUGGUCAGAAAAUGGUGGCGAACUCAAUCCCCAACGUGGUGCAGGAAGUUCAAGCAGCUAACUCGAAGAAACCCGAUUGGGAAAUGAAGAAAGAAAAUGCUCUUAAACGCGAAGCAGAGAUCCUUAAUAAAUUCUCCUCUCUCAAAGGGUUUUACCUCUAA